AUGGGAUUACUUCUCAUCUUGUUUGUCUUUCUGGCUUCUCUUCUUUCGGCGUUAACUCAAAAAGUUGAAAACGGUUUGAUUAGAGUAGAUGGAGUUCGAGCAAUUGCUGAAAAUGAUGAUAAUUUCAUUUGUGCUACUAUUGAUUGGUGGCCUCAUGAUAAAUGCGACUACAGUUAUUGCCCGUGGGAAUCUUCGUCUGUUUUGAAUUUGGAUUUGUCUAAUCCUAUUCUCGCAAAGGCGAUACAAGCUCUGAAACCUUUGAGGAUAAGAAUCGGAGGUUCUUUGCAAGACCAAGUGGUGUAUGAUGUAGGAAGGUUGAAGAUUCCUUGUCGACCGUUUCAGAAGAUGGAGGGUGGAUUGUUUGGAUUUUCAAAAGGAUGUUUACACAUGAAAAGGUGGAAUCAACUGAAUCAUUUUUUUAACAACACAGGGGCCGUUGUGACUUUUGGCUUGAAUGCACUCUUUGGAAGACAUAAAAUUAUCCAGAAAGUUUGGGGAGGAAAUUGGGACCCUACAAAUGCUUAUGAUUUCAUAAACUACACUAUUUCAAAGGGACACAAAAUUGAUUCAUGGGAAUUUGGUAAUGAGUUAAGUGGUAAAGGCAUUGCUGCAAGUGUUGGUGCUGUUCAAUAUGGGAGAGACUUGAUAAAGCUUAAGCAAAAUUUAAACACACUAUACAAGAACACCGAGUUCAAACCUUCACUUAUAGCACCUGGAGGAUUCUAUGAAAAGGAAUGGUUUGAUCAGCUUCUUCAGGUUUCAGGUCCUGGCGUUGUCGACGUGAUGACUCAUCAUAUAUAUAAUUUGGGACCAGGUAGUGAUCAGCAUCUUGAAAAUAAGAUUCUAGAUCCUGCGCAAUUGAGCAAUGUGGAAUCUCUAUUUAGCAAUCUUUCAGAAACUAUUCAGAAAUACGGACCUUGGUCGGCUGCUUGGGUUGGAGAAGCCGGGGGAGCAUUCAACAGUGGUGGUCGAUAUGUUUCUAACACAUUCGUGAAUAGCUUUUGGUACUUGGAUCAACUUGGACUUUCAUCCAGAUACAACACUAAGGUCUAUUGCAGGCAGACCUUAAUUGGAGGAAACUAUGGCCUUCUUAAUACCACCACUUUCACUCCCAAUCCUGAUUAUUACAGUGCACUACUAUGGCAUCAGCUUAUGGGGAAAACUGUUCUUGCAGCUUCUAGCGAUGUUUUUUCGCCAUUUCUACGCACUUAUGCCCAUUGUUCAAAAGGAAGAGAUGGAGUAACACUGUUGCUAAUCAACUUAAGCAAUCAGACUAAUUUCAUACUCAAUGUUCAUGACCGCGCGAAUGCCAGUAAUGGAGGAAACGACGCUAAAAGUAGCAUCCAAGCAGAUCAUUCGUCCUUCAAUCAUCUCAAAAGGGCGUUUGCUUGGGUUGGAACAAAAGGAUCAGAUGUCACAUUCAGGGAGGAGUAUCACUUAACUUCAAAAAAUGAUUACCUUAGAAGCAAAACCAUGUUGCUGAAUGGUAAUCCACUAAAGUUAACAGAUGAUGGAGAAAUUCCUAGAUUGGAUCCAGUUCUCAAUAGUGUACAUUCUCCAAUAUCUGUUGCUCCUUUAUCUAUUGUUUUUAUUGUAUACCCCAAUUUUGAUGCUCCAGCUUGCUUUAGAAACAGUAAACUUUAA